AAAGUAAAAAGACGUAAUUUAUUAUUUAAUGUUUAUUGCGUCUCAGUUUUACACUCUCCGACUCUCGUGUUUGGUCAUCUUGUACGUAAUAAUCGUAUUAAACUUAAAUUUCUGUAUUAAACCGAUAACCGAUAGUGUUUAUUCACUUUCAUUCCUGUGCAAUUAUUUCACGUAGAUCAACUUAAUUCUGUUGUUAAAAAUAAAGAAAAAUACUUUUUAAGCUUCAAUCACGAUUUUGUUGAACUGUCACGAACACACAUUAACCUAUUGGAUAACGAAUAUACUAAAUCAAAUUUGCUACGACCAAUAGGGUCCAACUAGUCGAAUCAGUCCCUAUGGGUCGAAUAUUCCUUGAUCACGUAGGCGGUGACCGACUGUAUGCGUGUGCUGCGUGCGACACAAAUCUGACUAAUCGUGAUGAGUUGAUUAGUACCAGAUUCACAGGUGCAACAGGUCGAGCAUUUCUAUUCAACAAAGUUGUAAACCUCAAUUAUAGUGAUGUGCAAGAUCGAGUAAUGUUAACUGGUCGUCAUAUAGUGCGAGAUGUAUCCUGUAAAAAUUGUGACACAAAGUUAGGAUGGAUAUAUGAAUUUGCCAUGGAAGAAAAUCAGCGCUAUAAAGAAGGUAGAGUUAUUUUGGAGAGAGCUUUGGUUACCGAAGGAGAUGGUCUUGAACAUGAAAUAUAAACAUAAACAUACUCUGAGAUGUGGAUUUGUACAGAUUUGUUUUUUUCUCAUUUAAAUUAUAUUAUAACAAUCUUUAACAUAAUAGUAUAAUGGGUAUAACUUGAAUAUACUAAAUAAUAAUUUUUU